AGUGCGGUGAGGAGGGGCGAGCGGCGGCGGCGGCAGCCGACCGGAGGGGGCGAGCCUUCACCCGGUGUAGAGAGCCCUGCUCAGCCCGUCUCCCCGGGAUUCCUUUCUCUUUCCGAGGUAGCCAUGGAUGCUUCCACUCCUCUGCCUCCCGCACCCCCGUCUCCGAGGUGCAACCCAGCCCCCCAGACAAUCCACAUUGAGUUCUCUCAUCAUAGCUCUUCCCUGCUGGAAUCCCUGAACCGCCACAGGCUGGAGGGAAAGUUCUGUGAUGUCUCCCUCCUGGUUCAGGGCAGGGAGCUUAGGGCUCACAAAGCCGUGUUGGCUGCUGCCUCUCCGUACUUCCAUGACAAGCUGCUUUUGGGAGAUGCGCCCCGGCUCACUUUACCGAAUGUCAUCGAGGCGGAUGCUUUCGAGGGACUGCUGCAGCUCAUUUAUUCCGGAAGCCUCCACCUGCCACUGGAUGCUCUCCCUGCCCAUCUCUUAGCGGCGAGUGGCCUUCAGAUGUGGCAGGUAGUGGAUCGGUGCUCAGAGAUUCUUCGAGAACUAGAAACGUCUGGUGGAGUUUCAGCUGGCGGAGGCCCCUCCAACCUCACACUUCUUUCCACAACGUCUUCGGGAGGCUGGUGCAUUCGUUCUUCCUCUUUCCAGAACCCUGUACGGUCCUCUGCUUCUACAGAGAAUUCUGCUUCUCCUGAGAGCCCCGUUGGAGAGAAGGGGAGUGAACUAGAAGGAAUGUUACAGAUUCAGGUGAAAGUAGAAGAGGAAGAGGAGCAGGGGUCAGCCGACCCGCUCUUUCAGACUCCUCAAUCUGAGAGUGUGUCAGAAGGGGUUUCCCAAGCUUGUGAAUCCCACCCAAUGCCUACAUCUGUUCUUCCCAGCAAGCCUUCAGUGGAUGAGAACUCAACACUUGAUCCUCCUGCCCCUCCUGUACAAGCUUCCCAAAUCUUAUAUGUUAAUCAGGAAAACGUGGAGUGUAAGGAGGAGAUACCAGGAGGCAGGACUCGGUCUGGAGGAGCAAAAGAAAAAAACAAAGUACUAUCUGGAGAGGACUCUGAGGGAAAGGGGGAGCUAAAAUACUUGCUGUCCUCAGGAGGAGGGGAAACGUCUGGGGCAGGAGAUCCCUCCUGGAAACCUGUGGAUCUUCAUGGGAAUGAAAUCCUGUCAGGGAGUGGAGGACCUGGAGGGACGGGGCAGGCUAUGCAUGGGCCUGUGAAGCUAGGAGGGACGCCCCCUGCCGAUGGAAAGUGCUUUGCCUGCCUCUGUGGGAAACGGUUUGCGGUAAAGCCAAAGCGAGACCGGCACAUCAUGUUGACCUUCAGCCUUCGCCCUUUUGGAUGUGGCAUCUGUAAUAAACGUUUCAAGUUGAAGCAUCACCUGACAGAGCACAUGAAGACCCACGCUAGAGCUCUGCACGCGUGUCCCCACUGCGGCCGGCGGUUCCGCGUCCAGGCCUUUUUCCUUCGCCACCGGGAUUUGUGCAAGGGUCAGGGCUGGCCCACUUACCACUGGACUUACAAAUGACUACUGGUGCUCCGGAGUGAGUCCUAGGACAAGAUAGCCACUGCUGCUGAUGGACUCUUACCUUUCACCACCUCAGACCUGGGCUGUGUCAUCAUUCCAAGAGAUUAUAUGCGUUAUGUUA